AUGAAAUUUUUAUCCAAUUUAAAGAAGUCCCAACCAUGGACAUUUUCUCAUUCUGUUUUGGAUGGCUCAUUUUUUGGGCCUCUGUUGCUGUUGUUCCUGGGAACUAUUGCAGUUGCACCUAUUGGAGCGACAUUUACCCCCAACCUGGAGUUUGGUCUUUUAACAAUUAACUCUGGAGCGCCCGUACAUUUGCUUGGGUUAAGUAUCAAUGAAGACGGGCGUCUUGGGUACUUGUCUAACAGUCGGGACCCGUUUAUUGGCAAGUUUGCCUCGGACGGGAGGGUAUAUGUCCCCGGACAGCCAUCGACUUAUCUGACUGUGGGUGGGGUGAACCGCACGUCACUUCAAAUUGUACGCAAUUCCAAUGUGACGACAACUUUUGACGUGAAUUCUGAAGGCCACUUUUUAUAUCGCAACUCAUCACUGUUUAUUGCAGUUAAUGAGGGCUCGGGUCAGUCGGCAGGACCUGGGUCACCUGGCGGACCCACUGGUAGCUUGUACCGAUACUAUGUGUAUGACUCGCAGCUACUAUCUGAUAUCCGAGGAAAGGAGUAUUACACGGUGGCGUUGCGAGUACUUUGGAGUCAGAGCGGUAAGGGCAUGGCGAGUCUGGGCAGUGGUACUGAUAAUGAUGACGAUGCGUCUGCCACGUUUGCAGGGAAUGUGACUGGAUCGGCUUUGGCGGGGAAUUUGAGUGUUGUUGCAUCAAACUACACUCUUAAUGGCUCAGUCUUGUCGCAGGUGAGUGGCAGCGGACUCGGCAGCAAGAGUUGUGCAUUGUCGUAUGCUGCUGUUGCUGGAAUGCUUGCUGCCACGGUUUUGGUCCUUGUUGGGACCAAUAUUGUUUUUGUUUUCUAA